ACUCCUCACCGCUGUUCCUCCUCUACACCCUGCCGCUACUGCUGUCGGUCCUCGUAUGCCUCCUCCUGCCAUCCUCAGAUAUUCAACAAAAUCAGACAUGAAUGAAGAUAUAGAGAUUUGUGAUGAUUGUGGGCAAAUAAAAAACGGUGACAUCAUUUUCCAUCUGUUAUACUGCUAUGAUGUCUACAUUGUAUCACCUCCCUGCCCACUGAGUUCGAAACAGAAUGAAAUAGAUAUCUAUCUCCAUGAAAGUAUUGUGAAGCCUCUUGAACAGAAAGGAUAUAAAUGCUUCUUCGGAUCCAGAAACAUAACUGGAGGGGAUCAUAUUAUUCAGGCUAUGAGUACCCCUAUUACAAUUAUCCCAACAACUAUUGUACCAGUAUACAAAGAUAAGAAGUUCUCAAACCUACGAAAUUUACUCUUAAGACCAGAUUAUUUGAAUCGGAUUGUAUAUCUCUUAUUUGAUAGAUCACAACUUAAUCCUGAUGUAGUAGUAAAAAACAGCUACUCAAUGUCUAUUCAUGAUUCUUUUCUGCUACAAAAACUCAUUCAAACAAUUGAACAGAACAGGGGGAAGACCCCUCUGCAUCAAAGAAAAAGAAAGUAUGAAUUGGGGCCAUAUUCUGCUUCUUCAGUAGCCUCCAAUUCAUCAGAAACAGGCUUAGAGAGAAAUUCAAGGUCAUUUCUCUUUGACAUUUUUAGAAAAGGACACUUCUUUCAAGGCAGAGACAGCGUGGAUAGUCAUGGCUCAAGAAUGUUGCCUGAAGAAGAUGCAACUGAAAAUAUUUUAUCACCAGGAAUACAAAUGCAACAAUCAAGAUGUUUUUCAACUGCUGUUAAGAUGGGGGAUGAUAUAUGCCUUAAAGAACUUAAGUCAACAACUUCUCCAGAUGUCCUCUUAAGUCAUUGUCACCACUAUGAUGAGAAAAUCAGUCAUUUUGCUGCUCAAAGUUUGACCAAAAUAAUUCAGAAGAACAUUGGAACAUUUUAUAGAAAUUCUAGUUUGUUGAGGUUUGAAACUGAGGUCAGAAUGCUGCUGGAAAGAGAUUACAUGAGAAAUUGUGAAAUAAACUGCUACUUUGAAAAGCUGUACUUCUGGAUCCUAGCUGCCAUUUACAUAAGGAUCUAUAAGUGCAAUGAUAGAGAUUUAAAGUACCAUAUGAAGGCCCUGACUCUGAAAUGGUACAAGACCAGUCCAAAACCCUUUGAACAACUCUACCAAAACAAUUAUCUCAAACUCACCAAUUCAAUGAUUGCAAGAAUUAAGGAUUGGCCAAAGCGGUUGGAAAAAAAUGAUGCACAUGUACAAAUGCUAGAAAACUGCAUCUCUUUGCUGGAUCAAAAUGAUUUUCAAGUAAUUCAAAAGUCAGCAGACAUGAAUACAGUGGUUAAAUAUUUAAUUCAGCUCCCUUGGGAUAUAAAGCACAUUUUUGUUGUGAUUAUUACAGAAAAGAUCUUUGAGAAAAAAUACACUGAGCCAUGCAUGCAGUUCUUCUAUGAAAUCUGUGCUUCAGUCAAAGACAAACAUCAGGAAAUGUAUCUUGAUGUGGUGGAACGGGCCACUGAAUAUAUUCAGGAAAACUACACUAAAGGUGCAUUAACAUUGAGUUUAAAACUACUUGAAGUUAUGUGGGAUUUAAUCAGAGAUGGAAAAAGAAAGGAUGAAAAACUGAUGACUGUCUUAAAGCAUUUUUUCAAAAAACUUGUUUACCAUCCAGUGACUGAUGUUAGAAACUUUGUUACGCCAUUGCUAUUUAGUGAGGAUGUAAAUGGCAUUGACAUGCUUCAGUUGGGUAGCUGCUGUAUCCUGGUGGAUGAAGACCUCUUGGAGACAUGCAUUCGUAAAAAAAUGUCUCUUAACUACCCAGAUAUGAUUCUUCAUGAUCAAAUACCAACAACUGCAGAAAACGUCUUGUUAUUUGAUGCAACAAUGCCAGAUGGUUACACUCUAGUUCAUGUCUUUAGACAGAAGACAAUAAAUGAUAUUCUCCUAACAAAUUCUACAGAUAGUGCUUAUGAACGGUUUCAAGAAAUAUCUAAAGCAAUGAGUGUAUGUCAAAAACACAGAAAUAUAGUGACACUGAAGAACUGUUCUUCAAAUGGUGUUUUACCCUUGUUUAUGGUUGAACAUGGAAAACCCCUUCUACAGUACUUACAUGAGAAGGAAAAUCAGCUCACCUGGUCCCAAAUGUUGGGAAUACUUAUUGAUAUUACUUCGGGUGUUCAGCACUGCCAUGAAAACAGCAUUAUUCUUUGUGACAUCACUCCAGCUAGUUUUAUAGUCACUUCUGGGCCAGAUGGCUUCUCUAUUAUAAAGCUUUCAAGCUUACUAUAUUCAAAAUAUAUUCCACAAGUGGAAAAAGAUGACUCUUUCGAGGAGUACAUUGAAGAAUGCAAUUCUAUUUGCAUAGAAGGAGAAUAUAAACAACCACUUGCAGCUUAUUUCAGUGCUCCUGAAACAUUGACAGGAAACUUCUUUUCCAAGUCCACAGAAGUAUGGAUGCUCGUUGCAACAUUUUACUCUGUUCUUCUUUAUGGCAGACAACCAUUUGAAGAGUUGUCUCAUCUGAGCACCUCUUUCUUUGUAAGAGAGAUUACUUCAUGCCACACACCACAGAGACCUGGUUACUUUCUCCCUGAAUUGUGGAAAAUUCUAAGUACUAACUUAAAUCAUAAAAUAGGCAAUCGCAUGCAGAUUCAAUCAAUACUGGAAGAACUGAUUAGAAUAAAGAGUUCAUUGGGGGAAAAAGGUGAUGAAAUUUACCAUGUACGUUCAGUCUGCCCUUGUAUUAAUUCAGAAGACAUCCAAACGAUAUACAGGGACCUUGAAGGUAACUUUAUUGAAGAGAAGGAAAAAGAAGUAACCAAAAAAAUACACAGGGAUUACUACAAACGGCAAGAUCGACUAUAUGAAUUUGUAUCAGUAAGAAUGGGCCAGAAAACAAGAAAAACAAUAAAAACUCUGAACCAUGUAAAUAUUUUGCCAGUGGAAGAAAUAACAACUGAUUCUUAUACUACAAAACUGGUAUCCGUUCCUUUUGACUCACAUUCCUACAUUUUCAAGAGAAAUGAUUGCAGUAUUGAUCUGGACCAGCUCUUGUCUUACUUUGAACAGAUUGUCAUUGCACUGCAGUAUUUACAUUCCCAGAAUAUACUGCAUUGUGAUUUACGCUGCCGUUACAUGUAUGUGGACCCUAACAAGGGAACUUUAAAGGUUGGUCAUUUCGGAAGAGCAGUCUUGCUGGAGAAAAAUCAGUACUAUGUUUUGAAAGUUAUGCCUUACGAUGCUGUAUUGUGGUCUGCCCAAGAAGUGAAGACUAAAGGGAUGUACUCACGUGCAUCUGACAUCUUUAAUUUGGCAUCAGUGUUCUGGGAAGCAUUAAACACUCAGAACAAAAUCCUUCCUUCAUUACAAGAUGGUUCUAAGACAAUGUAUGAAAAUCUUGAGGAACCUUCAGAUUCAUGGCAAUAUUUCAUCAAUAACCUUAUGGCUUGCAUGAAGGAAUGCUGGAACAUUAAUCCUACAAAGAGACCUACGAUUGAUUAUAUUGAUAUAGUCAUCAAACAGUUGAAGCGGGAGAACCAGAGGUGGUCAGUCAAGGAAAUAUAUCCAAAUCCCUGCAGCUCUGAAGAUGAUGGAGGAGAAGUGUAUGAAGAUAUUACCACCCGUUCUCACAAUCAUAGUUCUAAUAUUGCUCAUGUAUGGAAAGAUGUAGUUAAUGAACUAGAAUCAGACAUCCUUAAAAUGACAUAUGAAAAUGUGAGGAUCGUUUGCUUGAAAACUAGAAAAGACAGAGCUCUCACAUUAUAGGAAUAAAACAAAAACUCAAAACAGAAUAAAGCAGUUUCUGCACUGCCGUUUCUUAUAAAGGCCUGCACAUACUGGGUAUACUGUCAGCCUGAGGAAGUGCGUAUUGACGCAAGAAACGGCUGUUGCCAUCAGGUAGCAUCCCAUGUGUUUUAUAUUCUCCUGACGUACAGUUUUUUUUUUUACCUCUUUUUUUGUAAUAAAGAA